AUGCCCAGCAUCAUUCUGCAUCAUUUUGCAGCUUCCCCUUUCGCCGAACGCAUCCGCCUUAUACUCGGACUGAAGGGUUUAACAUGGCAAGGCGUCGAUGCCGAGCUGGUGAUGCCGAAGCCCAGAUUGAAGGCCUUGACUGGAGGCUAUCGCAAGACUCCCGUGAUGCAGAUUGGGAACGACAUCUACUGUGAUUCACGGCUCAUUGCCCUGGAGCUCGAGCGACGGUAUCCAACGCCUACAAUCUUCCCGAACAACAGUCGAGCAUCGUGCAUGGCUCUCUCAGCUUGGACCGAUCAAGACUUCCACAUGACGGCUUCCGGCCUGGCAAUAGGUGUGAACAAACAUCUUAUGCCGCAGUCGUUGAUUGACGACCGCCGGUCCUUCUUUGGGAGUACUCUGAAUGUGGACGGUCUACAGAAUGAUAUACCGCACCUACGUACUCAGCUGCGCGCCCACCUCGACAUUGUUGAGCAACACCUCUCGGAUGGACGAGCCUUCUGGUUUGGAGUGCAGCCUAGCAUGGCAGAUUUCCAAGUUUACAGCAGCAUUUGGACCGUACGCUCGAAUCUACCGUUCGCAGAGUCAGAUCUAUCACCCUUUCCUCAUGUGGUGUCGUGGGAAACAAGGAUAAAGAGUUUUGGAUCUGGGACUACGAGUGAAAUCACUGCGGAAGAUGCAAUCAAGCUGGCCCGGGCGAGCACAUCAACACCGGUGACGGAGGUUGAUGAUGCCGACGCGUUGGGCUUCGCAGCCGGUGCGGUGGUGGCGGUCACCCCAACGGACUAUGGGUGUGAGCCAGUUGUGGGACGACUUGUCAAGUUAACCGUCGCAGAGGUUGCAAUCGAACGUCGCGAUGCUGACGCAGGAACGCUGACUGUCCACUUCCCCCGGAUUGGGUUCAGAGUGUCCCUAUUAUCCAGAUAA